CGGCCCGGAUCACCUGGAGCCAGGCGGAACUGAGGGGUUCUGGUCACUGCCCGAAGAACCUGGCCCUAAGACUCACCUGUGCGGGAGGCGGAGGCGGGGCCAAAGCAAGAACUCACCUGACUCGACCGGAAACCCGACCCGGGAGUAGUCCUCAGGUGGCUCAGCGCCAACCCGGAGGUGCCCCGCGGCGGGCUCCACCUAAGCGACCAUCCGCUGUCCCACCGCGGCCGCCAUGACCUGGAGCAUCACCGCCCGGGGCGCCCACCAGCCGGACAACACCGCAUUCACGCAGCAGCGCCUCCCCGCCUGGCAGCCGCUGCUGUCGGCCAGCAUCGCGCUGCCGCUCUUCUUCUGCGCCGGCCUGGCCUUCGUCGGCCUGGGGCUGGGCCUCUACUACUCCUCCAACGGCAUCAAGGAGCUCGAGUACGACUACACUGGCAGCUCGGGCUCCGGCAACUGCUCCGUGUGCGCCGCGGCCGCCCAGGGCCAUGCGCCACCGCCCAGCUGCUCUUGCGCCUGGUACUUCUCGCUGCCGGAGUUCUUCCACGGCCCCGUGUUCUUCUACUACGAGCUCACCAACUUCUACCAAAACAACCGGCGCUACAGCGUGUCCCGCGACGACGCGCAGCUGAGCGGGCUGCAGAGCGCGCUGCGGAACCCGGCCAACGAGUGCAUCCCCUACCAGCGCACCGCGGCCGGCCUGCCCAUCGCGCCCUGCGGCGCCAUCGCCAACAGCCUCUUCAACGACUCCUUCUCGCUGUGGCACCAGCGGCGACCCGACGGACCUUACGUCGAGGUGCCGCUCGACCGCAUCGGCAUCGCUUGGUGGACCGACUACCAUGUCAAGUUCCGCAACCCGCCGCUGGUGAACGGCAGCCUGGCGCUGGCCUUCCAAGGCACCGCGCCCCCGCCCAACUGGCACCGGCCGGUCUACGAGCUCAGCCCCGACCCCAACAACACCGGCUUCAUCAACCAGGAGUUCGUGGUGUGGAUGCGCACGGCGGCGCUGCCCACGUUCCGCAAGCUGUACGCGCGCAUCCGUCAGGGCAACUACUCCGCGGGGCUGCCGCGGGGUGCCUACCGGGUCAAUAUCACCUACAACUAUCCGGUGCUCGAGUUCGGCGGCCACAAGCUCAUCAUCUUGAGCAGCGUCUCGUGGAUGGGCGGCAAGAACCCCUUCCUGGGCAUCGCCUACCUGGUCGUCGGCUCCCUCUGCGUCCUCGUGGGCUUUGUCAUGCUGGUCGUCUACAUUCGGUACCAAGACCAGAACGACGAGGACGAGGUCGAGGAGUGAUUCCUGGUUUCAAAGGGCCCUUCCUGCUCUUUGCCAAAAUCCUCUCGCAAGCUGCUUUUGGCCGCCUCGCCCUUCUCCUUCUCCCAAUUCCAUCCAACCUCACCUCGCUUAUCCUCUUGUGGAUGAGGGGGCCAGA